AGAACCACCCUGCUGCUGAUGGACCAAAUCCUGAGUGGGGAACUGGAUGAGCUAGCCGUCAUUAGCAUAUCAAGCUAACCCUCUUGUGUAUCGAGGUAAACAAACAAGUCCGUUAAUGCUAUUUGCUGACAGAAUUAUAUUGAUGUGAAGUUAGUGAAGGGUUCAGUGUGUUGACUUGCAGCUCAGGGGCCUCAUGCGGACCCUCACUAUCUUGUUUGUUUUUAAGACUUCCCUGCUUUUUUUAUUAGUCAACUUGAAGUUGAAAAAGUUGAUGCAGAAAGAGGGAAUUGCAGGAAAAAUAGGAAGUGUCUUCUACCUCACGAGUCAGAGGUGGAGGUGAGGGAGGAUGAUACUGAGGGUGGACGAAGUAUCAGCUCGCCUCUUCUUCACUGUCCUGGUCUUCACCCUCCGUGAGAGCUUUUCUCACCACUGGCCUCGUCAGUUUUCCCCCCUCAGAAAUUCACGAAAAGUCCAGCGUUUUACAAAGUACGAUGGAGAAAUAAUUCAAGGAUUUAAGUUCCACAUUAAAACAGGAGGAUGAAAUCAUGAAUGUAUCUGUAAUCUAGACUCAAAAUCAGGAAGAGAUUUGCCGAUUUGGAGAAGUCAGCUGAGGACACGACUCAACGCUGAUGAGACUGGCCCACACUGACCUGCACCGCCAAGGUUAGCACACAGCGGCAGCAAAUCCCGGCCGCAGACGCGUCCCGGCUGCAUCUGCGGAGGGAACGAGUCUCCCUGCUGGAGUUUAAGUGAUGACUGGCUCAGUUACUAUCUGUGUUUACAUCGCACAGCUCCCUCUCUCGGGCAUUUCUACUGACUGCUGCUUAUUUCAGGAGGCGGACGGGUCAUUUUAGGAAGCACUUGGCUGUCGGGCAUCAAGCGUUCAUUUGACUGAUGAGUCUUGAGGAUGCUAGAACAUUAGAAUGUCAGCACACACUUUCUGGCGUCUUGUAGCCGUUUUAGUUCAUGACAUCUAAUUCUCAGUCGUGAGAGGCUUCUGUUCUGGUUGAAGAUGAGAUCUUCCCCUGGCGGAGAAGGUCAGCUAUCUUGGAGUUUGGCUCACGAGAGUGGGAAAGGUGGAGAUGCAGAUGAAUAGGUGCAGCUUCUUUAGUCAUGAGGACGACUUGGUAUCAUGGUGAAGAAAGAGCUGAGCCUUGAGACAGAGCUCAGCUGAAGAGGGAGUAGGACUCUCUCUCUUCGAGAGAAGCUCAGUCAUCCAGGAAAGACUCGCAGUAGGAACGCACAGCUGAGGUGUUCCACUGGGCGGAGGCCAGAUCAAGCACAGAUGUCUCUCUGUGUUUACUUCAAAAAUAUAUGUUUUUAAAAAAAGUAUAGGCAGGUAGAACUCUUGUGGGUGUUCUUGACUCACUUUGGGAUGCUGACUAGCAUUUUGGCAUAGCGAGAUGUGUGUUCAGCAGCGGUUUACAUGUGUACAUGAGUGAGAGCCACAUCUGCCUCUAGUGAGGCAGGGGUGCAGUGGAGCAGUGUGUGUGUGUGUGUGUGUGUGUGUGUGUGUGUGUGUGUGUGUGUGUGUGUGUGUGUGUGUGUGUGUGUGUGUGUGUGUGUGUGUGUGUGUGUGUGUGUGUGUGUGUGUGUGUGUGUGUGUGUGUGUGUGUGUGUGUGUGAGAGUGAUGGGCGAGCGGAUUAUAUCUCCAUCUCCUUGCAAAGCUCACACCAAACAAUCAACCAGUGGCAAUAAUCCUCUGAGACACACAGACUUGAAACACACACACACGUACAUGACAAAGCCUAAAAAAUAAUGUAGACACUGUACGUCCACAUUUUAAUCCUCAGGUUUCAUUUUCGCAGCGUAGCAUCGCUCCAUACGGUUGGAACUCAGAUUAACAUCAUAGCAACACCCCCCCCCGCUGUCGCAGCUCAGCAGGGCUCCUUGUUCUUCUUGUGGAGCUGCUGGACUCAGCCCAUCAUUUAGGACCUCCAACAACCAUCUUGAAAAGGAGGAUGACUCACAAACCGGGGCUGAAGCUUAACGCUGGACCAAGGGUCCUUCAACUGGUGGGGUUUGAGGAGGCAGAACCGGGACGUUCAUCAUCCAAAAUGCUGCAAACUUCCUGUGGCUAAAAACAAACUGAACUUUUAACCAACCUAAGAAACCUCCAGUGGAGGGUCCAGCUGAGGGUUCAGUUGUGUAAACUCAGUUGAAAGUUGAAAAAAGCUUCAUUGUCUGUUCAAGUAAAAACAGAAAUGUGUCUUUUGUCACGUCUGUUGACAAGUUUAAAACCUCAGUCACACAUGAAGAGCAACACUGUUGGUCUGUGUAGGAAGGUCUUGACCACCAGUCUACACAGUGAAAACACACUUAGCUCUGACGAACUCUUCUCUGUGCUCUGUUUGUACUGUUUUGGCAUCAGCGAUCGUGUCCGUUUCACGUGGCCAGCCUCCCUGUUCCUCAGUCUCAUUCCCUUCAUAUGUCGGCCAUUAUCACCGAGCUCUCAGGCUGACCCUUCAAACUAUGAAUUCAUUUCUUCUGAAGAUCCAUUUCCAGACACAAGAGCGCUCAUUAUUCCAAAACUCCCGAUGGAGAUCUUUUAUCACUGUCUCACUACAAUGCCCCGAGACAGCCAAACGUUCUCAACUGGAGUGAUGACUUCCAUCUGUGUCAGCUUAGGGAUUCUCCUUCCUUUAUUUUCAAGGCUUGCGCAGGACUUAUCUCUGUAUGUAUAUCUUCUGCGAGUCUCUCUUAUCCUUUAAUGAUCUUCAGCGGCCGGAUCAUUGAUGCAGACAUGUAUUGAGACAGGAGGUUUGAUACACAUCAGUCUGUUACAGUCGGCUGGUCCAGGAGGUUCGUUGGUCUGCUCCUGUGGAACAUGCCCUUUAGUGCGUCGCCUGCUUCCUCUGUUGUAGCGUCCUGUCGCCUCAGAAACCAUGACCAUGAAGAAGAUAUGUCGUAAGUACUCGUCGGGCUGGAGAGCGUGUUUGAAUGUUCUGGAUCUGUCCAUGAGCUCUGGCAUGUGUUGGCAAGACUCGGCUGCUGUACCUGCGCUGUGUUGAUGCGAGCACCAGGAUUUACUGGGAUUUACCGGGCGAACUGUCUGAACUUGACUGUUGUAGUGGAAACACUAAGCUGUAACAUGAUGUAACCCGAGAACGCUGGUCAGCGCUCCAUCGUCAGAUCAGCAUCUGUUUCUUGAGGUCUUUUUCUCUGAUGGAAAGAAGAGACGGAUACUAGGCUGCGAUUGUGCUCCGGUUCCUCCAGGCCUGCUAUGAUUCAGCUUCGACCUUCCCUGCUCUCAGGAAUCUCUGUAAGCAGAAGACUGUUUCGUAUUUGAUGUUGAGGGAACACAUACUCAUGAAAGGUUCCAUCCAACCUAAAGGUUUCCCCCCCAGCUCAGGCUUAGAUUCCAUACUUACUUUCCUCUGUGGAGAUCAACUGAUCCAUGGAGUCCUGCCACCUCAAGGUGGCACAUAAAAUGGCCGGACUCUAGACCAGUUGGACAUGAUGUGAGACAGUCCCUGUGGCUGAGCUUCCCUAUUCUGACCACAGUGUUUUGGGGUCAUGCCGUGGUGUCUCAGGCCGUAGAGUUGGACAGCCUUGGCCUAAGGGAUUCUAGUCUGGCUGAGCACCAAUAGUAGUACAAGCAGGGCAGCUACUACAGUACUCACCGUUGGACCAGUUCCAUUGAUCUAUGAACUGACUCAAACGAGACAGCCGUGCGCUCUACUGACAAAGUUCCCUGCCGUGAUAUACCAGUCUUUGUCACCACUGUGGGUUUGCUUAUCGAGGAGCUUUGAUCGGUGGAAAGCUUCCUGUAGUUGGGAUCUGACAACUGCAGAUUUCAAAUGACUUUCAAUCCCCUCUGUUCAAAGAUCUGACAGUAGAGACAAAGUUUUCCUGAAGGCCGAGUUGAUAUGCACCCCUGUCUAGAUUGUGGCACAUUGUCACCAAGGUCUGACCGUGUGCUUCGCCUUGCCCGACCUCCUGCUCCUCCGAUGUUGGUGAUUCCUUCCACAGGUGGCUCAAAGAGCCCCUGCCUUACAUGGAUGAGUAUUUCCCUCUUGUGGAAACGCUGAAAGAACUUCCCAGAGACCCUACAAGAGCCUUCUUCAGGAUGUCAGGUGGUUGCCGAAGGGUUUUUCAGGUGUUAAACCUGUGUCUGGACAGGCGAGGAUUCAGACCCUAGACUGGUCUUGACUCAGGGAGGCGCUUGACGAAACAGAUUAUCGAUGUUUCUACCUACAUGCCCUGCCCAGAAAGAGAUGAAAUUACGCCGCUGAGACAUUUAUUUGGGACUCAUCCCAAUAAAACUCACUUUGGAAAACGUCAUUCCUGACUUCAACUUCACUUGUGCGUCCAGAUCGAGCUCCUUUGAGUACAUGCGCCGUGCGACAUAGCCAAACAAUGUCCGAGCAAAGAAUGACAUAAGGAUCGGAAAGAGGAUUUGUGAAGACUAUGGCAGCAGACCCUCCUCCCCCUCCUCUCCUCCGCCGCGGAUUAUACUGUAUCUCUGCAAUUGAGACUUGAUUCUCCGCCCCCCCAAAUAUACCCUUUCACAAUCCGACUUUGCGCAAUUAUUGGAAUCUGCUACGUUUGCGAGGAGCCGGGGUCCGGAAGAUGGUUUUCAGGUGAAAGGGCAAACCAUAUAUAGGCAGGAUGACAAACCAGCCGGCGCUCAACCAGUCCAACGCGCACAAGAAAGGGAAAGAAGAAAGCCAGCGAGAUGACAACACGGAGGUGGCGUACAAGGAUGCCGGUCACUGUAGCCGCAACACCCACAACCUGCUGCUGGGACUCACCGUCAUGGGUGUGGUCAUGGGUGCGGUGUUCGGGAUGCUGCUGCGUUACAUGCAUGUGAAGGACAGCGCCGCGCUGACCAUGGUCUCCUUCCCCGGUGAGAUCCUGAUGAGGAUGCUGAAGAUGCUCAUCCUUCCUCUCAUCAUAUCCAGCCUGAUCACAGGGCUGGCGGGUCUGGACGCCCGCUCCAGCGGCAGGAUGGGCAGUCGAGCCAUGGUCUACUACAUGAGCACCACCGUCAUCGCCGCCAUCCUGGGCGUCAUCCUGGUGCUCAGUAUCCACCCGGGGAACCCCAAGCUGAGAGGGACCAGCUACACUGUCGUCCCCAAGAACCAGGAGGUCAGCAGUCUGGACGCCUUCCUGGACCUGCUCAGAAACCUCUUCCCGGAGAACCUGGUGCAGGCCUGUUUCCAGCAGGUCCAGACGGUUCUGAAGAAGGUUCCACAUACGCUUCAAAACCAGACGGAGCCGGUCCUGGUCAACAGGAAGCGGCUGGAGUACAAAUGGGGCAUGAACGUCCUGGGUUUGAUCGGCUUCUUCAUCACCUUCGGCAUCUGCAUGGGCCGCAUGGGCGAGCGCGGGAAGAUCAUGUGCGACUUCUUCAACAUCCUGAACGAGAUCAUCAUGACCAUGGUGUCCAUGAUUAUGUGGUACUCCCCCGUGGGCAUCGCCUCUCUGAUCGCCGGGAAGAUCGCCGCCAUCGGAGACCUGGAGAUCGUGGCCCGACAGUUGGGCCUGUACAUGAUCACGGUCAUGGUGGGCCUGGCCAUCCACGGCGGCCUGAUUCUGCCAGCCAUAUUCUUCGGCAUCACCAGGAAAAGCCCCAUCACCUUCUACUCUGGCAUCUUCCAGGCUUGGAUCACCGCGUUGGGCACCGCCAGCAGCGCUGGGACGCUGCCCGUUACCUUCCGCUGCCUGGAGGAGAACCUGAACAUCGACAAGCGUGUCACUCGCUUCGUGUUGCCCAUCGGCGCCACCAUCAACAUGGAUGGCACGGCACUGUACGAGGCCGUCGCCGCCAUCUUCAUCGCCCAGAUGAACGACAUCACGCUGGACGGAGGACAAAUCGUCACCGUCAGUAUGACCGCCACCCUGGCUAGCGUCGGCGCGGCUAGCAUCCCCAGCGCAGGACUGGUGACCAUGCUUCUGAUCCUGACGGCGGUCGGUCUUCCAACCCAGGACAUCAGUCUGCUGAUCGCCGUCGACUGGCUCCUUGACCGAAUGCGAACCUCCAUCAAUGUGGUGGGCGACUCGUUCGGUGCCGGGAUCGUUGACCAUUUGUCCAAGGCGGAGCUCAAUGAAAUAGACGCGGCAGAAAUGCAAAUCAUCCACCCGGAGGAGGAGCUUGAUUUUAUCCCUCCUCCCCCGAUCCUGCCGGAGAUGGACCUGGUGGACCCUCUAAAACCGCCCGAGCUCCCGCCCCGCUCCCCUCGCCCUCCCAAACAAAACCACCACGUGCUCACGCAAUCCCACUCCAUCACAUACUCUCCCGCGUGCUCCGUCCGAUCCCCGUCCCCGCGAUCCAUCCGCUCUCCUUCCCCGCGGUCCGUCUGCUCCCAUUCCCCUAGGCCUUUCCGGACUCAUUCGCCCCGCAUCCUCCACAGGACGGAGCCGGGAUACUGCGCCCUGCCCAGCCACGAAAACCAGAUUCCCACGCUACAUCGCGGCUACCGAGAGCGAGACAGAGAGCGAGAGCGGCUGCAUCGGGAAAGCGAGACAGAAGAGGACGAGGAGAGAGUCUUGGGUGAAAUCAGCGACGGCGAGGAGAGCGACGACACGGCCUACGACCGCAGACAUGCCCUCCCGCCAGUCGACCUGCCCUGAGCCUCCUUUUUGGCGACGGCUCCGCCCACUUUAGCAUGCUGCUAACUGUUGUUGAGCCAGCAGAGAUCCCCUGUGGGGUUUGAGUUAGCUUGCGGGAGGUAUUUUGUCGUCACCUUCACUUGCUGACUGACACGAGACGAGAUGAUUAGUUGAUACUUUUGCUUUCAGUGCAGAAGCUGUUUGAAAUUGACUCUCAGUGAGUUUUUCUCGGCGUAACUGUGAUUGAUUUUUCUCCCCAAAUGAACAUCACCCAUCCGAUGGGUCACGCCCCCCUCUGACCCCUGUCUCUCUCCUCAUCACCGACCAUUGUUGUGAAUAUUCUUUCAAUUCUUUGAUGGCGUGUCUUUUCUUGCUGUGGUCUGCUGUGUGAAACGGAGAUUAGUUUGCGCUGUUUUUAUUCAGUUUAUGUGUAAAUUGAAUGCACCAUGAGGCUACGUCCACUUUGCUACAUCUUUAGCGAGUUCUUCUGCAUUGUUCACCAAGGCUAGCAUUGACACAAACGGGGCCGGGUCUCCCUGAACCGUCGACCGUUCCCCACUCUUCAGGUCAUUCUGACAAGUUGCAUCAUGGUCACGCCAACGUUCGCACCCUGGUUACACUCUGAGUCUCUCCUGGAAGACUGAGCGACGACCUCUGGGGGAGAAUACACAAGCUACGAUAUCGCAGUCUCAGCUUUUAUGUCACCCAGAAAUUGAUUCAUUUCCUUCUGCGUGACAGACCUGCUAACUAGGUGAGCUAGCUAGCGCAGAAACUUCUGUUAUCCUUACUACGCUUAUUAGCGCCAUCCUUUUUGUUGUUAAGAUUAUCAUGUCCCUCUCAUGAAUUUAUUUCACCAAGAUGAAGUUAGAGUUGUGUUUCUUGAAUGUAGCCAUUAGCACUGUGAUGUUGUCAGGGUAACAAGGAAUCUUAGCAAGACAUUUAGCGGGCUGCAAGGGAACACAAGGACGUAGCAGUUUGGUCGUGUCCUCGGUGUCACAUCUUCAGUUCUGUAAAUGAGUCAUCACCUGUGUCCCGCCAAAUUACGCAUCGAAGUCCAGCUACUUCCUGGAUGCAUCCGCUUCACGGGCUGUGUAUAUUGUACCUAAUAAAACCGUAGAUUUUAUUUAAAACAGCGGUCUGUGUGUUUCCUCCGCUGCCUCUUUGGCAAUCUGGGGAAGGAUUUGCAGCUGAAAGGGGUCACACGUCAGUGUUUGGUUACUAAAGACGCACGGGGGUAGAAAUCCCACAGACAAAGAAAUUACUGGUCGGACAGUUGCAACAGACACGAACGACACGGCGCAGAUUACACACGUACUUUAGCCAUUGAUGAUGACAAAGAUACACAGAGAUAUCAACACACUUAAUCCUCUCAAAGAAGAGUUAGAGUUGGGCGAGGCGGCAGAGGAGGGGAUGGCAGAUGGCCACAAAGACGUCAAUCCUUUUUCAUUCUUCCCAGACAGCAUAAGGGCAUGGCGCGACUGACGUGGGCGUCCGCUCCCCGCGCGUCACAGAGGAGCUACAUUUAUGCAAACAGGUAGAAAACAAGAGUCAGCGAGCGGAAAUUUGCUGACCUCGCGGCCCCGCUCCCGAAAUAUGUUUGGCAGGGAUGAUGUCAUGGCAAGAAGCGCUAAUCUGAGGCGUAGCAUGAGAGCUGGCGGUCGCCGCGACUCAUGACACGACUGGGCGACUGUAGGGUCAAGAAUUUAAUCACCGCUGCAUCAUCUAGUGUGUGUGUGUGUGUGUGUGUGUGUGUGUGCGUGCGUGUGCGUGCGUGUGCGCGUGUGCGUGUAUGUGUGAAGGGAGUGAUGAAGAGCAGGGUUAUGUAACACACCCCCAAGUUUUACAGGAAAUUCUGAGGCUCAUAUUGGCUCCUUUAUCAGCACAUGAUCGAAAAGACUUCCCCAAUGUUCCGCCACAUCACAGAGAGAAGCCAAUUCAGGUGGCAUCUUCUUUGGAUACACAGGGAAGUCUGGGGCUCUUUGCUGUAGUUGCUGCCCCGGCGACCCGACCUCAGUAGCAGGUGUUAUGUGAUGUGAACUGGGUCAGCUUUAAACUAAAAUACAGUGUGUUAUGUUUGCACACGUAUGAAUGGCGCUGAGUCAGUGGGUGUUACCUGAAGACACCACUGCAAGUGAGGUCGCCAAGCGUCACCCUGUAACACUUAAACCUCAAGAAUCCGCUCUAGUCUUUCAUCCUUAAUUCCACACGUGUUCCUUGCUCGUACCGAGAUACUCGGAGGGUUACAUG